CCAUUAAAAUUAGCUGGCAACAAGUAUAAAUCUAUGUUUCUUGUUUUGAUUUUAAUAGAAACGAGAUAGAUAGAUAACAGAUCUAGUCUCAAAGUUAAAGAUUCUUCGAGUCUAGAUCAUAGAUCUAGUAGAUAUAAUAUAAUAAUUUCUAAUCCUGUCUAGUCUAAGAGUUUUUAGACAUGGAUUUGGAAGAACUACGUUCCAAAUUAGUUGGCUUUGAAGUUUCAGACUGUCCAUCUCUCAUUGACAAUUGUCCAGAUUUAGAGAUAGAUUCAAAAGAACAAAAAAUGAUAAAUGAAACUCUCCAACUUGUACAAAAACAUGGUCAGAUCAAGAACAAUGAUGCUAAAAUGGGAGACAACACUUGCUCUGAUCAGAAACAAAGAUACAGUGAAGAUGAAAUGAUGAGAACUAAUAAAAUAUUAUAUCAAGAAUUUCAUAAAAAGAGACAGAAUUCUGACAUGUAUCAAAAGAUGCAGGAAGAAAGGCAAAAACUUCCAGCUUGGGAAGUGAAAGACUUUAUUACAGCAGCUGUGAAGAGACACAAGGUGAUUAUUGUCUCUGGAAUGACUGGCUGUGGUAAAACCACCCAGGUACCUCAAUUUAUUUUGGAUGAUGCCCUGGAGAGUGACAAUUUUAGGGCCAAUAUAAUUUGCACUCAGCCACGCAGAAUUGCUGCCACCUCCAUAGCAGAAAGAGUGGCUGCAGAGCGGGAUGAUACCCUUGGAAAUCUUGUGGGAUAUCAGAUUCGGCUUGAUGGCGAAGUGUCAUACUUAACAAGGUUGUUGUUCUGUACCACUGGCAUAGUUUUACGUCGACUAGAAGGUGACCCAAACCUGGAAGGAGUCACUCAUGUCAUUGUGGAUGAAGUACAUGAGCGCUCAGAACUAAGUGAUUUCCUUAUUCUGGUAUUAAAGAGACUGUUGGUACAGCGACCUGAUUUAAGAGUGAUUUUAAUGAGUGCCACAAUUAAUGCCAAACUUUUCUCUGAAUAUUUUAACAACUGUCCAAUUAUAAACAUACCAGGUCAACUAUUUCCUGUCAAGCAAUUUUUCUUGGAAGACAUCAUAGAACAAACCAAGUACUGUGUAAAAGAGUUCUCUGAAUAUUCAAGGAGUGACAGGGAGUUGCAUUGGAUGCUCCAGUCACAUGAGCAUCGAGAGGCAGUUUCUGAUAAAACCCCAGACAAAAAGCUAUCUGAAUAUCAACUAGCAAUGCGAUAUCAAAAAUGCAGUCGCUCCACAAUCAAGACAAUGUCUGCCCUAGAUUUUGAUGAAAUCAAUUAUGAUUUGAUUGUGCAUUUGUUGGAGUGGAUAGUAACAGAAAAGCACAAAGAGUUUCCACUAGAUGGCGCAAUUUUAGUGUUUCUACCUGGCUUACAAGAAAUUCAAAAAACUUUUGAAGAGCUUCAAGUGUCCAAAGAAUUUUCUAGAAACAUAGACAGAUAUGUCAUCAUUGCUCUUCAUUCUUCCUUCUCAUCAGAUGAGCAAAAAGCUGUGUUUCAUAAGCCCAAGCCAGGGAUCAGAAAAAUUGUCCUGUCCACCAAUAUUGCUGAGACGUCCAUUACCAUUGAUGAUGUUGCCUAUGUGGUGGAUGUGGGACGUAUGAAAGAGAUGAGAUAUGAUCAUGAAAAGAGCAUGCAGUCCCUGGAUUUAAUCUGGGUGUCCAGGACCAAUGCAGAGCAAAGGAAAGGAAGAGCAGGAAGAGUCCAGGAAGGAGUUUGUUUUCAUCUGUUCACAUCACACAUGUACAAACACAUUCUUAGACCACAUCCUGUGCCAGAAAUACAGAGAAACAGUCUGGAACAAGUUAUUAUCAGGACAAAGAUUUUAUCUGUUUUCAGAGGACACGACAUAGAGAUUGUGCUACAAGAUCUUAUUGACGCUCCUUCAACUGACAGGAUUCGUGCUGCAGUUCAAAGUUUAAAAGAUAUAGGAGCUCUAGACAGUCAAAUGGAGCUGACAGCUUUAGGAUACCAUUUAGGCUCUAUCCCAGUGGAUGUCAGGAUAGGCAAGCUGAUGCUGUAUGGUCUCAUGUUCAGGUGUUUGGAUGCGACUUUAACCAUGGCUGCUACAUUAAGCUAUAAAUCACCAUUUAUUACUCCCUUUAAAAAAAAAGAGGAGGCAACCUUUAAAAAGAAAGAACUAAAAGCACACAACUCUGACAUUCAGACAAUGUUGAAAGCAUAUAAGGAAUGGUGGGAAGCUAGAGGAAAAGGGAGAGAAUCUGCCUACAAAUACUGUAAAGAGUUCUUUUUGUCUUUUAAACAUUUGGAAAUGAUUAGCACUUUAAAACAACAAUAUGUCGAGAUACUAUCUGACAUUGGAUUUAUUAAGAAGAAAAUCAAGUUUAAGGAUGUCCAGACAUCUGCGAAAGCCAAUUCUGAUGGGGUUGCUAUAAUAACAGGCAGAGAGGCAAAUGAGAAUAAUGAAAACAUGGAGCUUUUAACAGCCAUGCUGGUUGCUGCCCUUUACCCUAACAUCAUACAGCAUGUUUCUGGAAAAGUUAAAACCAGAACGGGAGAAUAUGUUGACAUCCAUCCUAAUUCUGUGAACUUCAAAGUCUUUUUUAAGAAUGGAUCAUUUCUAGUUUACCAUGAGAAGGUCAAGACUAAGAAAAUUUACAUCCGAGAGUGUUCACUAGUAUCCCAGCUUUCCCUUCUAAUGUUUGCUGGUGGAGGCAUUGAAGUAGAUGAAUGCCAAGGCUAUAAAGUUUUAAUUAUCGACAAAAUGAUCAAGUACAAGACUCAUGGGUCAGAGGUUGCUUCCUCAUUAAAAGCUCUGAGAUCUGAGUUGAACCAGCUUUUAUCUGAUAAAAUCACUGAGCCAGACAUAGACCUGAUGUCAUCUCCAAAAGGCAGUGCUCUCAUCAAAUGUAUUAAUUAUCUGUUAGCUAAAUGAUUCAUCUUGUCAAUGUGAUAUGAUUUGUAUGUGGGGUCAUCAAGAUAUUUUCUAGGGGCUGACCCCUGUGAAUAGUUGCUCUUACAUUCUGUGUUUGUUUAGCAUGGGAGGGAAGGCACACAUUUGUUUUGAGUGCAGCAGAAAAUGUCUUUGUUUUUUCUGUUGCAUUACGCAGUGACAGCUGCUUAAGUUUAACUUUGAUUUGUUCUAUGAAAAUUAAAUUGAAGUUGACUUCCAAAGAAAUUUUAAGUCAUGCACAUUUGCUUUGUUUUUCUAAUUUAAAUAGCACAGCACUUUGCUUCCUAGUCCAGGGUUGAAACCCUAGUGUAUAGAUUGGCAAUAAAGAAUUAUGGCCAGCAUUAAUAGACAUCAUGUGCCAGGUAUCCAUUAGAGAAAUUGAAAAUUGUUGUUCAUCUUACUGGCCUCUUCUUCUAAGAUCGGCUAUCAAAACCUUGUAAAGUGUUUACUCACGUCAUGCAAAUUUGACUCUAGAAUACUAUUUUCUAUUAUCUAAUUUUGAGGCAACAACCAGAAAAAAGUCAUCUGAUUCUGUCUCAAUAUUUAUAUAUGUAUACAUUAUAACUACAAUUCAACCAUUGUCUUUCAAAAGUUCUCAUGGAGCCAAUUUUUAUUAAUGUUUUUCCUCUCAUGUGGUCUCAAUACAAAAUGUUACAUUUUGAAGUUUUCUCAGUUUAAACUGUUAACUGAUUGUCCAGAUUAAAGUAAGAUGGUAAUAUUAUAAAAGGAAUAUGUUUGUUAUUAAAAAGAGCAUGCUUUUUAAACAGAAUGGAGAUUUCAUAAAUUGAGGAACGCAGUUAAAUAAAUAAAUUAGGUUGAAUUGUAAAAGCUUUUUUUUUUUACGUCUGUAAAAUUUUUAUAAUUUAUCAGAAUUUUAAGGAAAGAUAAAUCAUGCAAUCUUUUAUUUUACCAAACUUAUGUUAAUAUGCAUUUAAUAAAAGGCCUAAAUCCUAACUCCCGGUAAAAUUUUAUUUGAGACUGGUCAACUAUAAUAUACUUUUUAUAAAUAAACAAACAAACCAUACAGGUUUAAAUUUUGUCUAGUCUAGUGUCUCUCCAUAUUUGUCAUUAGUUCUUUUUUUUUUUGUCAUAUCAGUUAUGUAAGUGGCACAUUAUACAUAUUGAUACAAUUUGGUAUAAUUUGUAUUUUUUUUACUCAAUUUGUAACCUUUAACAUGUACAAUUUUAUAGAAAAAUUAGCCAUGCCUUGCCUGAGUCAGGUUUGUGCAGCAUAUUUAGUUACAUAUGUUACAGUUUACAUGAAUUUAAUGUAUCAGACAAAGUUACAAAGUUAGUUGAGUGUUCUGCCAGGUUAUUCAUCUAAACUUCUAGUGGGUGAAUAGUGUUAACAUUUUAAAAUCGUAUAAUUGAAUAGAAGGAUGUAAUUAUCUUCUUUUUUUU